AUGACUGAGCAUCAGCUGCAAGUGCUGAAGGAAGAGAAUGCGCGAUUAGGAGAAACAUGUGACGACGCUGAUGCAAUUGAGCAGGGGCUGCGUGAUGAAAUAUUUGAACUAAAACAACAGCUCGCUAAACUGCAAGCCGAAAAGGAUGGUGAGGAUACCCGAGAAGUGAAUCGAAGAUUGGGCAACUCAGAAGCCUCAGCAGAUCAUUCUACAGAAGCGUGCGAAAAAGAAAUACGAAGCGAAUCGUACUGCAGUGUCGUAUCAAGCUUUAAAAAAUUAGAACUCAGCGAUAACUCGGAAGAUGCUCCUACAGAGAUGGAAGAGCCUACAGAAGAGACUUCACGUUCGUCCACUAAAAAUUCACCGAAGAGGCAUGCAGAUAGCAGAGAGUGUCGCACUUCAUAA